ACAUCCCCACAGACCCAGUGGAGACUGUGGAGUCCAGAGUCUCUAGACAGGCUUUUUUGGCAACCGGGCCCAAUGACCAAUCACCAAUGUCUCAAUCUUCACAGACAUCCCCACAGACCCAGUGGAGACUGUGGAGUCCAGAGUCUCUAGACAGGCAGACACACCCGGGCCCAAGGCCCAGGCCGUAUGCCCAUUAG